UUGUCCACGCCCAGGUCACGUGAUGACGAGCCAAUCCUGAGCGAAGACGGGAAACAGCUGACGGUGAACAACAACACACAGCGUCUUCUUUUCCUGCAGGUGGUGGCGUGAAGUGGACUCUGCACGUAGCUCACAAACUCUUCGGAUAUCUCGUCUACGAUGGCUGGUGUCUGGCCCUGGCUCUCAUGCAAGGUUCAUGUUUUUUGGUUGCUGCUGUAAAGAAGAGGGACGAGGUGCGAGCUUUCGAGUGAGGAGACCCGGGGACCGUCCAUCCCAAACCAGCCGCAUAUAUGGCUCUGUCCCUCAUCCGAGCUUGCCGCAGUCUGGCUCUCUCGACGUGGCUGCUGUCGUUUUGUUUCGUGCACUUAUUGUGCCUGGACUUUACGGUUGCAGAGAAAGAGGAAUGGUACACUGCUUUUGUUAACAUCACCUAUCUGGACCCCGUCACUUCGGAGGUCAGGACAGAGAAAUCCGAGUGCGGUCGGUAUGGCGAGCAGUCGCCCAAGAAAGAAGCCAGAGGUAUCGUGCUGGUGCCGUCCAGCCUGCAGGACCGAGAGGCGUGCGACCCGAACUUGAGGUUCCCCCCCUUGCCUCAAAACACCCCCUGGGUGGCGUUGGUGGCUGCGGGGAACUGUACAUAUCGAGAGAAGAUCCGGAACGUAGCCCACUACAACGCCUCUGCUGUUGUCAUAUACAAUGUGGGCUCCGGCAAUGCAAACGACACUAUAACAAUGCCCCAUCCAGGUACAGGCGAAGUUGUGGCCAUCAUGAUCCCAGAGCCUAAAGGUCGUGAGAUCGCGGCCUUGCUGGAGCAGAAAAUCAUGGUCACGCUAUACAUCUCCAUAGGAACCCGCAACCUGCAGAAAUACGUGAGCAGAACGUCAGUAGUGUUUGUCUCCAUCUCCUUCAUCGUCCUCAUGAUCAUCUCCCUCGCCUGGCUCGUCUUCUACUACAUCCAGAGGUUCCGGUACGCUAAUGCACGAGACCGCAAUCAGAGACGUUUGGGAGAUGCUGCAAAGAAGGCCAUCAGUAAGCUGCAAGUACGCACCAUAAAGAAAGGAGACAAGGAGACCGAGUCCGACUUCGACAGCUGUGCAGUUUGCAUCGAAGGUUAUAAGCCGAAUGAAGUCGUGAGGAUUUUACCAUGCAGGCACGUCUUCCAUAAGCACUGUGUCGACCCGUGGCUACUAGACCACCGAACGUGUCCCAUGUGCAAAAUGAACAUCCUCAAAGCCUUGGGAAUCGCACUCAACGCAGACUGUUUAGAUGACGUUCCUCCAGACUAUGAGACAUCUGUCGGCGGUCCACACGCCAUCCACAUCAGCGGGGCGAGUGAAAUCACAGUAAACGAGAGCUUGGCGGUUAUGGAUCCAGCCGGCGGAGAAACAGACCGACAGCAGCUCCAUCCAGACGAAGAGAUAGAACUUCAGGGGGGAGAAAGCCAAUUCAUCGCCUGGUGUGGGCAACAGCCUCCACCCAGCAGGGAUUCAGACGGCUCUAUCGCCAUGGGAGUGGAGGUGGACUUGCCUGAAGUAGACCUGUCCACGGAGCAAGAAUGCUAUCAUGCUAAAUCCUGAGCCAAUGAAAGUUGAGAUUAAAAGCCUGAAUCACCAGGAAAAAGAGGACAAAGCGACCCCCCCCUCCCUCCACCCAGAGAUCCGCCGUGUCUUCAGCACCCUGGAGGAAGUGACUUAACAGAAGAAGGGCAAAUGAGCAAAACAACACGUUGUGGUGGCCCAGUUUUUGUGACACGUAAUCUUUUCACACCUGUAAAGGUUCUUGGUGCGAUAUUCAGAGCAUUAAUAUAGCAUCAAACUUGUAUUUGAUAUGUAAAGAUCUCGUGGAGCAAAGAGCGGCUCUUCCUGUUUGUGUUGUAAUACGAUCUUCUCUGUUCUUUGCUGACAUUGCCAGGCCUGUCACACAUGUUUUGUGAGUGUGAGCAUGCCCAACUUAUGAGCUCAUGACCGCCAUUCUGCAUGGCUCUCAACUAGCGGUUACAGCUGAUAACACCGUCCUGACCAACGCUGUCAACUAACACUGUUCUCUCUGUCAGCCCUGUCGCCGUUUUUGCACAGUUAGCGCUGUUUGCACCGUUAGCUACGAGCCACUGGCUCAGCAAAUGCCAUUUUGAGAGCCGUUUGGAGACAAUAUGCUCUUAAUUUUGUAAACAUAGUAUCUGGCAUCUAAUAGGUUGUUUGAGGCCUAGUACAAAGUUUACUAGUACAAAAUAAUAUUUUUAAACCUGUUAUUGGACACAAUAUAAGCACAGAAGCAGCAGGGUAUCCUUAAUGUCAGAUUGCAGCUUUAAUUGUUAUUCAGAAUAUGUGCAGAUUGUUCAAUUUAUUGGUAUGAGAUCACUGCCAACAUAUUCCUACUGAUGUAAUGGAUGCAUAGCAUGUGUAGAGCAUAUAUCAGCAACUUAUUUCAACAGUUGGUGUGAAUUACCACCAGCUAUUUUUCAACUUCAGAUUUGGGUACACGUUAUUAUCCUUUAAAAACUUGAAGCGUAGGUCUUUACGUUUAUGUGGUCAUGUGACGUUCAAGGAGUUGGGAUAUUUAUGCACACGUUAUGCUGUAAUUUUAAAAUGUAACAGUUUCUCUUACUAGUUUUGUGUAUUUAUAACCUAUAUUUUCCCAACUGAAUAUUCCUGUUGAGAGAAAAUAAGCAAAAACAAGGUUGAUAUUUCUGUCCUCACAUCUGACAAUCAUAGCUUGCCACAGGAAGUUUGAGGCGAUGUCAGCCACUGCCCUACUGAAACUGCUGCUGUUUUACAAGUUAUCACAACAAAUGGCACUGGUGAUCACUUCCUGUUGUGGAAGUGUUCAUAUCUGUGUUCACACUGCUGCUAAACACAGCUGGCAAUUGUACUUGUCACUCCCAAACUCUGGCAGGGUGCACACACUGUAGCCAAACCUUCUACACGUGUCAAGCCAGUGGGUAUAAAUAUGUAAACCAAUCUUUGUGCCAAGAUUAUCAGUAGUAUUUUUAAAAUUGUUGUUUCAUGCAUACUAAUUUCCUUGGCUGUAUCACACAAUAGCUCUGAAAUAACAUGAGGAGUGGAUGCUUUAAGUCAGUUAAAAGAGGGACUGUUUUGAUGGAAAAGGAGGGUGACAAAUAUGAUGCAUUUGAAAGCCCAGUCAGGGUUUUCAUUUGAGGAAUUUGAUGCUCCAAACAGUAAUUGAAGUGUACACUGAAAAUGUUUACAGUGUAAUAACUGAGAAGUUUUGUUUGGAUUUGGUCCAAACCAAGUCGGCAAAUUUUUCAAACCUACAUACAAACAACCCCUCGCAAAGAUCUUAAAAUAAAGACAUCUGAGCAACCGGAAAACGGCUACAUUACUUAUUAACAUCAAAAUUACAUCACAGCCACCGUGUGCUGAGGAACAGGCGAGUCUGCUGAUCCUCAGGUGGUUAAAGCUCCGUUUGGUUUCUUUCUGCUCCCUUUGAUCAACUAUAGUGUGAGACUUAUAAAACAUAGAUCCAGCUUAAUGACAAUAGUGGGUUCGGCUAUAUCUACAUUACAACGGUAGUAACGAACCUACACAAAAUCAUCACCAGAAUCUGCAAAAAAACGCCAGCUUAGUGUGGAAGGAGAACCAAAAUAAAGAUAUAUUUUUAAAUGUAGCUUGUACUCUUAGAUUCCUGUGGUGAUGCUGACUGUUAAUUCACAGUCAUCAUUAUUCAAAACAACACAAGGAAAGGUAGAAGAAUAAAUUCUACCACGAACUCUCGUCGUCCUGCCAAUCACAUCUUUAUUACUGUUUCAGUAAUGUCAUAUUGAAGAAGAUCAGUAGGAUCUAAUAGUUGAUUUGAAAAGUUUCCUCUCACAUUCCUGUUGACUUACACACUGAAGAAGCACAGACUCAAUGACUGAGCCGAUGGAGCCAGUGGAAUUUAACUGGCUGACUUUUUUUCCUCUUCCAGUCAUUGUUUCCAUUAUAUCCUCGCUCCACCAGGGACUCUGUUAUAUAACACACACAUGUCCACACGCCUCUGUUUGGGUUGAUCGUUGAAGGAUUAUUGAAUGUAUGGGCAAAUGUUUCAAUGGUUUCACGAAAGUGUUGGUUUGAGGAGGGGCAAUUUGUAGUUCUUUAUUUCUCAUUUUGUGAGAAAUAAGCAUAGCAUAGAAUUUUGUGAGAAUGUAUGUUCUUGGGCUGUAGCAGCUUGA